CCGGCCUCCUACCCGCCGGUCGGCCUCCUAGCAGGGCAGGCUCCCACUAUAUAUCGUGCCCCGUCCCCGCACCAACCCCUUCACUCCACGAGAACGAUAUCUGAGCUUGCUCCACUACUCAUAGCCAUCACUCUCCUCACUAGUCACAAGUACAUCCACUAGCCAGUGGCUACACGAGCUGUGAGCUUGUUCUUCUAGCUAGCAGCUUAAUUACUCACAACACAAAGCCAGCUAGAGACCCACCAGAGUGUUCUAGCCAGCUAUCUAGCUGAUCCGCUCUUGAUCUCAAAGCUCUGAUAACGAACGGGCAAACAAGAGCUCAGCUAGGGAGAGGGACGGAGAGGGGACAACAAAAACCAGCUAGCUAGAGCGCGUGUGCGUGGCGAUGCAUGGCAUGUGUUAACAUGUACAAUCCAGAGCAUCACCAGCACCAGUCCGCGCCGUCCUUCAUGGCGCCGCGGAUGUCCUUCUCCAGCGACUUCGCGGUGGAGCCGCCGCCCCCGGCCGCCGCGCGCGGGGGCGCGGCGGCGCCCGGGGACGCCGACUUCGAGUUCUCCGUCGGCAGCCACCCGAUGAUGGCCGCCGACCAGCUCUUCUCCAAGGGCCGCCUCCUGCCGCUCAGGGAGGCGCCGCAUCAGGCCGGCGCCAGCGGGCGGCCCGUGACGCUCCGCGACGAGCUGCGCGCCGACGAGCGCCACGGCCGCGUGCCCCGCGCGCCCAACAUCCGGUGGAAGGAGCUGCUCGGGCUCAAGAAGGCGCCCAAGAAGCAGGCCGCCGCCGCCGACGCUGCCGCCGGCACGUCCACCGACGCCCAUAUGGAUCUUGGAGGCCAGCAGGGAUGAAGCACGCGAGAGACUGAAGCAGAAUCAGUUGUGACUUGUUAGCGGGUGAAAUAUUGCAUGGUCAUUGGGUGGUAAAAUGUGCCUUGUUUCGGCUGGCUGCUCAUCAUCUGAUUGUUGAUGAUGAUUUGGCAUCGAGCUAGCUAGCUGAUGAUCUAUAUCUCGAUCAUGCAUGUCGUCAGUGGCUUAGCCUGCCGGAGAUGAAGCCAAACACGAAGACGUCUCUGGUGGCUCACACCAUUAAUUGUGCAUUUCGUCCUUUACCUCUUUGCAGCAGCUUGUUUCCUUCUUCUUCUUCUUUUUCAUCUAUUCUGGGUGUAUAAGGGAAUUUUGAUCAUUUGUUUCUUGGCAGUAACUCGUUGGUCGAGUAGAUGCAUCCAUCCAUCCAUACAUGGAUGCUAGCUUCGCAUUGUAAUGCAUGGUAGUGUAGCAGUAGUAGUCAAAUUAAUUAACUCUCCUCUAGCUGUGCCUAUCUCUGAUGUUUUGAAAGGGCCAGUUAAAUGCAGUACUAGUAUUUUUUCC